UGUGAUUUGGUAUCAGGUUUGAAACUUAUUAGCGUGGAGCGUGCUUUUGCUGAAAAGCACUAUGCUGAUUUAUCUGCCAAGCCUUUCUUCAGUGGAUUGGUGGAUUACAUUAUCUCUGGCCCUGUUGUUGCCAUGAUUUGGGAGGGUAAAAAUGUUGUGGUUACUGGCCGAAAGAUUAUUGGGGCCACUAACCCAGCUCAAUCUGAGCCUGGAACUAUCCGUGGUGACUAUGCUAUUGACAUUGGGAAGUUGUUCUUGUGUAGGAAUGUUAUCCAUGGAAGUGAUUCAGUUGAGAGUGCUCGCAAGGAAAUUGCAUUGUGGUUCCCUGAUGGCUCUGUUAACUGGCAAAGCUCCCAACACUCUUGGAUCUAUGAGUAAACCAUAUGCUUCAAGUUGAUCUUGAA